GGUCACGACAGGAAAACAGGAAGUCCCUGCAGAAGAAGCUCGCUGAAGCGGCCAAGAUGGCAUCGGCCGUGGAGAGAACUGACGACUUGGUGAGGGAGUACCUUUUGUACCGCGGGUUUACAAGCACCCUGAAGCACCUCGACAAUGAAAUAAAAGUGGACAAAGAAAAGGGAUUCCGUGUUGACAAGAUUAUUGAGCAGCUCCAGCUCUUCAUCCAGAACUAUGACCUGGUGGGACUGAAGGAAUACUGGGCCUAUCUGGACCGCCGCCUCUUCUGUCGCCUGGAGGACAUAUACAGGCCCACUGUCAACAAACUCAGAACCAGCCUCUUCAGAUACUACGUAGUCUACACGGUCCAGACAAAGAAUGUUGAUAAGACGCAGGAGUUCUUCCAGAAGCAGGCCCCGGAGCUGCAGGGCCAGGUGGAGUGGCGUGAUUGGUUCAUCCUGCCCUUCAUCCCCAACCCCGAGCAGAACCAGGUCUUCGCCUCCUACUUCUCCCGCCAGUGGGCCGACACCUUCCUGGUCUCGCUGCACAACUUCCUCAGCGUGCUCUUUCAGUGCAUGCCCCUUCCAGUGCUCCUGAGCUUCGAUGCGGAGAUGCAGAGGACAACCGGACUGCAAGAAGAGAAUGACACACUCCGACAAAUU